AUGAAAGAGGAAGUGCAGAAAAGCAUUGGCGGUGAACCGCCCGAUUUCACAAAUUUGCCUGAUACGAAAGAAACAGAGGAACAAUGCAAAACAUUGACACUUCGAAUCAUGGUGGCACGACAAAGUGGAUUGAAUAGUGUUAUAUCGGAAGAAGCUCUUAAUGCUCUGGAAAGUGCGUAUGAACAAUUGCGGAAAAACUAUGUGGACGCGAAAAAAAUUGUUUUGUGCCGGCCUCCCUUCUGUAGUUGUGGUUAUGACCAUGAUGCUGAUAAUGAUAAUGACUAUGAUGACGAUGAUCUUGUUCGUACUAAUUUGGGUAAAUUUUUCCGAAAGAUGAAAGAACGAAUAAAGCUGAGAAAAGCUACGUUCCUGGAAGUGCGCAAUAACACGACCAAGCACCUUUGCGAUGUGUACAGUUGUCUGAUGUCUGUGCGGAAUUUCAAGGGCAAACUGCUGGUGAACCACGACGAAAAGACGAUCUCGAUAACGGCACAGACGCAACACGGUCAGGAUGCGAACCGAGGCCAUCGCAAAGGCGCUAAUGUGCAAGAUUUGAGA